CGCACACGUUGCACUGCCUCGCUUUUCGGCGGGUUUUGGAGGUUCGCGAGGCUAGACCGGCCGACUGACAGGUAGCCGCUUCGACUGGUGGACAUGGCGACGCUCUGCCUGACGGUGAAUCCCGGAGACCCUCCCUUGGGAGCUUUGCUAGCCGUAGAACAUGUAAAAGACAAUAUCAGCAUUUCUGUUGAAGAAGGGAAAGAGAAUAUUCUUCGUGUUUCUGAGAAUGUGAUGUUUACAGACAUAAAUUCCAUACUUCGUUACUUGGCUAGAGUUGCAACUGCAGCUGGGCUCUAUGGUUCAAACCUGAUGGAACACACUGAGAUUGAUCACUGGAUGGAGUUCAGUGCUACAAAGUUGUCUUCAUGUAACCUUUUUACGUCUGCAGUCGAUGAGCUGAAUCAUUGCCUGUCUCUGAGAACAUACUUAGUUGGAAAUUCCUUGAGUUUGGCAGAUGUAUGUGUGUGGGCCACCCUCAAAGGAAAAGCUACCUGGCAGGAACAAUUGAAGCAGAACAAAGCUCCAGUUCAUGUAAAACGUUGGUUUGGCUUUCUUGAAUCCCAGAAGGCCUUUCAGUCAGUAGGUUCUAAAUGGGAUGUCUCACCCACAAGACCUAAAGUGGUACCUGAACAGAAAAAACAAGAUGUUGGAAAAUUUGUUGAGCUUCCGGGUGCAGAGAUGGGAAAGGUUACCGUCAGAUUUCCUCCAGAGGCUAGUGGCUACUUACACAUUGGGCAUGCAAAAGCUGCUCUUCUGAACCAGCACUACCAGGUUAACUUUAAAGGGAAACUGAUCAUGAGAUUUGAUGACACAAAUCCUGAAAAAGAAAAGGAAGAUUUUGAGAAGGUUAUUUUGGAGGAUGUUGCGAUGUUGCAUAUUAAACCAGAUCAAUUUACUUACACCUCGGAUCAUUUUGAAACUAUUAUGAAAUAUGCAGAGAAGCUAAUUCAAGAAGGAAAGGCCUAUGUGGAUGAUACUCCAGCUGAACAGAUGAAAGUGGAACGUGAGCAGAGGAUAGAAUCCAAACACAGGAAAAACUCUGUUGAGAAGAAUCUACAAAUGUGGGAAGAAAUGAAAAAGGGAAGUCAGUUUGGUCAGUCCUGUUGUCUCCGAGCAAAAAUUGACAUGAGUAGUAACAAUGGUUGCAUGAGAGACCCAGCCCUUUAUCGCUGCAAAAUUCAACCGCACCCAAGGACUGGAAAUAAAUACAAUGUUUAUCCAACAUAUGACUUUGCUUGCCCUAUUGUGGACAGCAUUGAAGGUGUUACACAUGCCCUGAGAACAACGGAGUACCAUGACAGAGAUGAACAGUUUUAUUGGAUUAUUGAAGCAUUGGGCAUAAGAAAACCAUAUAUUUGGGAAUAUAGUCGGCUAAAUCUCAAUAACACAGUGCUGUCCAAAAGAAAACUCACAUGGUUUGUCAAUGAAGGACUGGUCGAUGGAUGGGAUGACCCAAGAUUUCCUACAGUUCGUGGUGUACUGAGAAGAGGGAUGACAGUGGAGGGGCUGAAGCAGUUUAUUGCUGCCCAGGGCUCUUCACGUUCAGUUGUGAACAUGGAAUGGGACAAAAUCUGGGCAUUUAAUAAGAAGCUGCGAGCUCUCUGUAAGAAGGUGAUUGACCCAGUGGCUCCUCGCUAUGUCGCAUUACUGAAGAAGGAAGUAAUCCCAGUGAAUAUUCCUGAAGCCCAGGAGGACAUGAAAGAAGUGGCCAAACACCCAAAGAACCCCGAUGUUGGCUUGAAGCCUGUGUGGUAUAGUCCCAAAGUAUUGAUUGAAGGUGCUGAUGCAGAGACCUUGUCAGAGGGCGAAAUGGUCACAUUUAUAAACUGGGGCAACAUCAACAUUACCAAAAUACACAAAACCAAAGAUGGCAAAAUUGUAUCUCUUGAUGCCAAGUUGAAUUUGGAAAAUAAAGACUUCAAGAAAACCACUAAGAUCACCUGGCUUGCAGAGACUGGCCGUGCUCUUCCUGUUCCUGCAGUCUGUGUUACGUACGAGCACUUGAUCACGAAGCCAGUGUUAGGAAAAGAUGAAGACUUCAAGCAAUACGUCAACAAGAGCAGUAAGCGCGAAGAAUUAAUGUUGGGAGAUCCCUGCCUUAAGGAUUUGAAAAAAGGUGACAUCAUACAACUUCAGAGAAGAGGAUUUUUCAUAUGUGACCAACCUUAUGAGCCUGUCAGCCCAUAUAGUUGCAGAGAAGCCCCAUGCAUAUUGGUAUACAUUCCUGAUGGGCAUACGAAGGAAAUGCCAACCUCUGGUUCCAAGGAUAAGAACAAAGUGGAAACAACAAAAAGUGAGACAACUCCAUGUAAGGAAAAGCAGUCACUUUCUCUGGAUAAUAACUACGCAGCACCUGUGGAUUCAAUGGCCCUUUACAACCAAGUGGCUGUGCAAGGAGAUGUGGUUCGUGAGUUAAAAGCCAAGAAAGCAGCAAAGGAGGAUAUAGACGUGGCUGUAAAACAGCUUUUGGCUUUGAAGGCUGAGUAUAAGGAGAAAACUGGCCAGGAAUAUAAGCCUGGAAAGCCCCCUGCUGCAGUUGCUUCAUCCAGUACUUCUUCCAACUCUCCACACAGUGUUCGCGACGGUAAAUCUCUCUAUGAUGAAGUUGCUGCACAAGGGGAGGUGGUUCGGAAACUGAAAGCUGAAAAAGCCCCAAAGGCUAAAGUGACUGAAGCUGUAGAAUGCUUACUCUCUCUGAAAGCUCAGUAUAAAGAAACAACUGGAAAAGAGUACGUACCAGGACAGCCUGCCUUGUCGCAAAACUCGGCCUCAGAAAGCAGUUCUGAACCCAGUGGUCCCGAAACACCGGAGGCCAAAGGACUUUUUGACCAAGUAGCUUCUCAAGGAGAAGUAGUUCGAAAACUGAAAGGCGAAAAAGCCCCUAAGGAUCAAGUAGAUAGAGCUGUACAAGAGCUUCUUCAGCUGAAGGCACAGUACAAGUCUCUGACAGGAGUGGAGUAUAAACCUGUCUCUGCCACCGGGUCUGAGGACAAAGAUAAGAGGAAGAAAGAAAAAGAAAAUAAAUCUGAAAAGCAGAAUAAACCCCAGAAACAAAAUGAUGGUCAAAAGAAAGAUUCUUCUAAAAAUCAAGGAAGUGGACAGUCAUCGGGUGGACCAGGAGAAGGACAAGGACCAAAGAAACAGACCAGGUUAGGUCUUGAGGCAAAAAAAGAAGAAAAUCUUGCAGAUUGGUACUCUCAAGUCAUCACAAAGUCAGAAAUGAUUGAGUACUAUGACGUAAGUGGCUGCUAUAUUCUUCGUCCGUGGGCAUAUUCCAUUUGGGAAUCCAUCAAGAACUUUUUUGAUGCCGAGAUCAAGAAACUUGGUGUUGAAAACUGCUAUUUCCCCAUGUUUGUAUCUCAAGGUGCAUUAGAGAAAGAGAAGAAUCACGUCGCUGACUUUGCCCCUGAGGUUGCUUGGGUUACAAGAUCUGGCAAAACGGAGUUGGCAGAACCAAUUGCUGUUCGUCCUACUAGUGAAACAGUCAUGUAUCCUGCAUAUGCAAAAUGGGUGCAGUCACACAGAGACCUGCCCAUCAGACUCAAUCAGUGGUGCAAUGUGGUGCGUUGGGAGUUCAAGCAUCCCCAGCCUUUCCUCCGUACUCGUGAAUUCCUUUGGCAGGAAGGCCACAGUGCUUUUGCUACCUUUGAGGAAGCAGCAAAAGAGGUCUUGCAGAUACUUGACUUGUAUGCCCAGGUGUAUGAAGAACUCCUAGCAAUUCCUGUUGUCAAAGGAAGAAAGACUGAAAAGGAAAAAUUUGCAGGUGGAGACUAUACAACUACCAUAGAAGCAUUCAUAUCUGCUAGUGGAAGAGCUAUACAGGGAGCAACAUCACAUCACUUAGGGCAGAAUUUUUCCAAGAUGUUUGAAAUCAUCUUUGAAGAUCCAAGGACACCGGGAGAGAAACAAUUUGCCUAUCAAAACUCUUGGGGCCUGACAACUCGAACUAUUGGUGUUUUGACCAUGGUUCAUGGAGACAACAUGGGUUUGGUAUUGCCACCCCGUGUAGCCUGUGUUCAGGUGGUGAUUAUUCCUUGUGGCAUUACGAAUGCACUUUCUGAAGAAGACAGAGAAGCCCUGAUUGCAAAAUGCAAUGACUAUCAAAAACGAUUACUCAGUGUUAAUAUUCGUGUUAGAACUGAUUUGCGAGACAACUAUUCACCAGGUUGGAAAUUCAAUCACUGGGAACUUAAGGGUGUUCCAAUUAGACUUGAAGUUGGGCCACGCGAUAUAAAGAGUUGUCAGUUUGUAGCUGUCAGACGAGACACUGGAGAAAAGCUGACAGUCACUGAAAAUGAGGCUGAGACUAAACUUCAAGCCAUUUUGGAAGACAUCCAAGUGAACCUCUACACAAGAGCUUCUGAAGACCUUAAGACUCACAUGGCUGUGGCAAAUACAGUGGAGGACUUUCAGAAGGCACUGGAUUCUGGAAAGAUUGUUCAGAUUCCGUUCUGUGGAGAAAUUGACUGUGAGGAUUGGAUUAAAAAAACCACGGCCAGGGAUCAAGAUCUAGAACCUGGUGCACCCUCCAUGGGAGCUAAAAGCCUUUGCAUCCCCUUCAAACCACUCUGUGAGCUGCAGCUUGGAGCCAAAUGCAUCUGUGGCAAGAACCUUGCCAAGUACUACACCUUGUUUGGUCGUAGUUACUAAGGGAUACAGUCAAACCCAAUCUGCAAUCCUUCUCACCUAUAAAAAAAUUGGUACUACAUCUUCUUAGAUAUAGCCAGUUUUUUGUUUGUUUGUUUUUUUUAAAUAAAAAAUCUGAAAACAGGUCAUAUGAGAUAAAGUGUUCUUAUGCCUAAUUUAACUGUGGGGGGAAAAGACUUUUAUGUAAACAACUCCAAUACUAAAUAUCAUGAAUUAACAAAGUUUUAUGUAUUCAUUUACUUCUGAAAUACCUGAAUUACAUAUUACAAGGACAUCUCUUUGAAUAAAGUCGAUCCUCAAUA